GGCGGGAGAGAGCGCGGACUGGGGGGCCCUGACGGCGCCCUGAGCCCCGGGCCCCUUUCCCGCACCCUGGGUCCCCUCCCCUGCCUUUACUCCUCUCUCUUCUGCCUCCAAGCUUGAGUUCUCCCUGUCUCCCCUUCCCUUGAUCACCCUGGGCGCCCCUCCUCUCCCGUUAAAGAUUUAUCCCCCCUCCCCUUCUUUUUUGAGGGGUCCAUUUCCCUCUCCCAUGGUGCAGGUGGGGCAACAGCUGCAACUGAGCCCCUUAUCCCUGGAGUCCCCAGAGCCCUUUGGGGCCUCUCUGCACUAACGCCUGUCCUCAGCCCCUGCCCCUGAAGAAGUCAAGACCACUGAGGUCUCCCUGACUGUCAAGGCCAUCACCCCCUAGAUGCUCUAGGAAGACUGGGGGCCCCAGCGCUGCCCCCCUCACCGGGAAGAGAGCUGAGCAGGAUGCUUCAGUGGGUUGGCCCUGAUCCCUGCUCGGAGUGGGUUCCUGACCCCCACCCCAGCCUGGAGCAGGGCCUGACUUCUUCCCUGUGCUCUCUCAUUGUUGGGGUGGGGGGUUAGGGGUGUCUCCACUGUGGCGGAGUUUCUGAGCUAGACUGCCUGGGUUUGAGGCCCAGCUCUGUCAAGUAACUGACUGUAACCUUGGGCAAGUAACUUCAUCCCUCUAAGCAUGUUUUUUCAUCUGUAAAAUGGGGAGAGUGGCACCUACCUCAGAGGGUUAUCAUGAAAAUCAAUGAAUCCUCUGACUGCACAGUGCCUGGCACGCUCUAAGUGCUCUGUAAAUAGGACCCUUUUACCCACAGGCCUGAGGGCCCAGCAGGCCUGCUCAGGACUGCUGCCUGGAGGCAGACAAGUACGCAUUCAGAGCAGAGGAGGGGGUCACUGGGAAGCCUCAUGGCCAAAGAGGAGGUUGAGCUUUGAAGAACGGGCGGCAUUUGGAAAGGCAGUGGCCACUGUGAGAGCCACUGCUGGGGGUGCUCCCUGUGGGGGUCGGGGGAGGCAGGCGCUGGAGAGGACCUGAGCCCUGCAGCCUGGAGCUGCAGGUGCAGCAGAGCCCACAGCUUUUGGACAGAGCUGUGGAGGGGACCACGAUGGCAUGCUUGGGCCUGUUCGGCCGGGUCCCUGGGGCCCAGCUCCUCCCUCCUCUCAGAGCUAGGCAGCAGCCAUCCUUGACUGGACCCCUGGAGGGCUGAGCUCCCUUGCCCAAGCAGGCCCUGGUGGAGGGAGGGUUUCAGGUCCAGGCUGACAUUGGUGCCAAUUGGGCUGCAGUUGGCAACAGCGUCUCUGAGGAUUCAGCUUAGCCCUGUGGUAGAACUUCUUUAGAGGAUGUCAGGAGGUCCUCUGAUCUAUCUGAGGCCUGGGAUGUUUUGCAACUGCAGGGGGCUUCCUGCCCACAUACCACAUUGUGUCACCUAAUUUGGGGAGAAAUUUAUAGCUCUCACAGAUGGGACAUUUGCAGAAGUUGAGAACUAGGGUUCCAGGGCUUUCCCCCGGUACCCCCUGCCUGGUCUCUUCUGACCCUAAUCACACAGGCCUGAGGUUUGCUGUUCCUGGAUUAUCAAGCCCAGAAUCCAGCUUAGGGAGCUAUUUGUGGCUGAUGGGGAGGGAGCAGUCGUGGUCUUAGCCCUCAGCCCCUCUGCCCUUUAUUCUGGCCUGACCCUGGGUCCCAGGCAUCAUCACUCCCUGGCAGAAGGAGGGGAGUGGCUGUGGUUCUGAGCCAUGGGCGUCCCCCGAUCUUCACUUCCUCUAAGGACAGAGGGGUUGGUAGAUUGAAUUUGCAAAGAAGAGAAUAAAGUCAGACUGCAAGAGGUUGUUCCCCAGUGAGAAGCUGGAGAGUGAGGGGGAAGAAGGAGGACCUUACGGGGAGCUGGAAGUUGAGCAACUAGGACCCUGCUUCCAGCUCUCCCACCUCCUCUCCCUAGGCCCUGUACCUUCUCUUCUAAUCCUAACCCUAACCCUAACCCUAACCCUAACCCGUGCUUACUUUCCAUGAAAAUCAGUGGGGUUAGGGGCUACCCACUUCAGCGCCCCUUCCUUUACCCUCUGAGCUGUGUUGGCCCUGCUCCAAGCCUUGUGUACUCCCUGCUGGGCCCCAGGCUGCCAGGAGGGCUUCCUGGAAGGGUCUGCCCCUCACUUGGGAAGAGGCAGGCCUGGGAAAGAGAGAAUGACUUUACAUUCACUUCCUCUUCCUGUCCCAGAGGAAUAGGAGGUGGCCCAGGGGCCUAACGAGUGAUUUCCGGGCCUCCAUGGGCCCCCAGGGGAAGAGGUGAUGCGGUGCACCUCCCCACCGGGCCUCUCCUUCCUCUCUGUUGCCAGGGCCUCCCUGAGCACUUGCAGUUGCUGCCACAAGGGCAGGCCAGGCCCACCCUGUUCCUGGUUUGCCUCCUGGGCCCCCGCCCCCACCCCCACCCCCUGCUACACCUGCCACAACUUCUUUCUGGCCCGGCCUGCACUCUUCUCUGCAGGGGCCAAGGUGAGGGGAGUGCAGAGCCAGGGCUGGCCUAGGUGACCCUUGAGGGAGUUCCCUCUGCUUGCUAAGACUUCCUCCCUUUGGAGACCAACCGAGGAUGGGGUCAAAGUUGGCCCCCUUCCCGUCCGGUCCGGUUUUCCAGGCUCUGGGCUUGAAUCAGCAGAGCUUUGGCUAAGCUGCUUAGCCAAAGAGAGCUGGGCUUGCAUAAGCCGCUUAUGGGGACAGCAGAGGAUUGGGGGAGGAGGGGAUGGUGGUGGAGUGAGGAGAAACAGGGAAGGGUGGUUCACCAGCCCCAGGACCACCCAUGUUCGGGAAGGUCCCCUCAAGAUCAGCCCUGCCUGCCGCAUCUACAUGUAGUGCGUCAGGGGCAGCUAUGGGGUAGGGUUGGGGGGUUCCUGCUGAGGUGGACUUUGUGUCUCCCGAGGCUGAGCUGUGUCACCAUUUAGACUUAGGUUCCUAAAGGCAGGGCCUUUCUCCCUCAUGCUGGGGGCUUAUGCUGGAGAGCCCCAAAGCACCCAGCUGACCCUGGCAGAGCAGAGGCUGGAACAAGGCCCUCAACUGCAGGGUGGGAGGGGUGGUGGGCAGGGUGGCCUUGUCCUCCACCCUUCUCUGCCCUGCCCCUCCCUGACCCCCAGAGGCCUCCAGGAUGGGGCUCUUUGUCCCCCAUGGACCCUAGUGGCAGAGCUGUCUCCCCUAGAGUGUGGGAGCUCCCCCAGGGUAGGGUUUCCGUUCCCUCUUUCUGGGGUUUUGGGAAAGGGACUACUCUGGAGUCCCCCAGAUGCUGGGCUGGCAAGAGGGCCUUCUGGGUGGGCUCCUUCCUUGCUCAGCUGCCUAUCUCCCCUAGACUACCUGUGCUCCCCCGAGGAGAAUAUCUACAAGAUCGACUUUGUCAGGUUCAAGAUCCGGGACAUGGACUCAGGCACUGUCCUCUUUGAAAUCAAGAAGCCCCCAGCCUCAGAACGGUUGUCCAUCAACUGGCGAGAGCUGGACCCCAAUGCUGGGCGCUUUGUCCGCUACCAGUUCACACCUGCCUUCCUCCGCCUGAGGCAGGUGGGAGCCACGGUGGAGUUCACAGUGGGAGAUAAGCCUGUCAACAACUUCCGCAUGAUCGAGAGGCACUACUUCCGGAACCAGCUGCUCAAAAGCUUCGACUUCCACUUUGGCUUCUGCAUCCCCAGCAGCAAAAACACCUGCGAGCACAUCUAUGACUUCCCUCCCCUCUCGGAGGAGCUGAUCAAUGAGAUGAUCCGUCACCCAUAUGAAACGCAGUCUGACAGCUUCUACUUUGUGGAUGACCGGCUGGUGAUGCACAAUAAAGCAGACUAUUCCUACAGUGGGACGCCCUGACUCCCCAAGCCGUCCCUUACCCCAGGAGGGUCUGGUCCCGGGCUCUGAGCCAUGAGCUGCCCAACACUCAGCUCUCAACCCCAGGCCUUUCUGCGCGGGGAGUGCUCCAGGAGCCCUGGACCCUGAGUCAGUGUUGGGAGGGAGGGUACCUGGUGGCCCCAGUCCAAGCCUCGUGCAGCCUGUGGGGUCAGGUGGUAGGUAGGGGGCUGUUUGCCGCCAUGUCCAGGAAGGCCUCCUGUGAGAGCAGCAGCCAGGAGUGGAUAGCCUAGCUGGGCCCUCGUGAGCCCAGGUUUCAGAACAGCGCUCCCCAUUGGGAUGUGUCUGGGUCGGAGCAGGCAUCCAUUCCUUGUCCCCUGCCUGCCACCUCCAGGACAUUUAGAAUUGAAUAUUCCAUGAUGGGGUCUGGUCGCCAAGCUUCCUGAGGGAGUCUGGGUCCUGUCCCCUGCCCCAGCCUCCACCAUCAGGGACCAAGACACUGCCUGAGUUGUGGGGAGGGACCAGCCCAGGUGGAAGGGGCUGGACCAACUGUAUAUAGUUUUCAAUAAACUCUUUUCCUUUUCUCUUC